AUGCUUGGUUAAAUUAGAGAAGGAAAAUAUAAAUAUGUUUUUUUGCAAUCUGAUAAAAAUGAUGAAAUAAUAGUAACAAGAAUAAUGGUUGCUGAUGAAGUCUAAAAAGAAAACAAAAAAAUUUCUAUUGAAGAAAUUGAAUAAAACUAAAGGUAGAAUUUAAAAAAUAAAGAAAAUACGAUUUGUAAUUUGAAGGAAAUAAAAAAAAAAAACAAUUAAAUAUAAGAAAACUAAUUCAAAUUUAUGGAAAGUAUAUUUUAGCAGGAUGAUAAAUAUUGUAAUUCAUUAAAAAAAUAAUUUAAGAAAACAAUAUUAAGUAACAUACUAAAUUAGGGGGAUAAUGAGGUUGAUUUAUAGAUUAAAAUAAUAAAAGAAAUAGAUAAUAAUAUUCAAGAAAUUAGUGAAAUGUUAUGUAAAAGAAAAAAUGUACCAAUAUCCCUAAAUAUGUAUGAUAGAAUUUUAAAUAUUAUGGAUAAGAAAUAUAACGAUAUAAAAAAGUUGAAUAGCUUAAUUUUAUAAAAAUAGGAAUCAGUAACUAAAAUCCUUUAAAGGCUAAAGUAAAUUGAAAAGGCCCUUAAAUCUUAAUAAGAUAUAUAAAAAAUCAAACAGGACAAAAUUCAGUUAGAAUUAGUGUAUAAAAAUGUGGAAAAAUAUUUUACAAAAUUAAAUUUCCAUUUUAACAAUACAGAUCUAUAGAAACAAAUCGAAGAAUUGGAAAAAACCAAAAAAAUAUAUGAAGAUCAAAAUCAAGAGUUAAAUUAAACUAUUACUAUACUUGAAUAAGAAUUAUAAAAUGAAAAAGCUUAAGCAUAAAACUUAAUUACUUAGCUUAAUUAAGAAUUACAAAAUGAAAAAGAUAAAACAUCAGAUGUAAGAAAAAAAUAAAAAGAAGAAGAAGAAAAUGAGAAAGCUAAGACAUUAUAAUAAAUUACUAAAAUUAAAUAAGAAUUACAAAAUGAGAAAGAUUAAUCAAAAAAAUAAUAAGAAUAAUUAGAAAAUGAAAAAGUUUAAGCUUUAAGUUAAUUUUAUAAGUUAUAAUAAGAAUUAAAAAAGGUAAAAGAAUAAUCAGAAUAAUAAUCAGAAAAAUUAGAAAAUGAAAAAAUUUAAGCUUUAAGCUAAAUAAAAUAACUUCAAUAAGAAUUAUAAAAGGUAAAAGAUUAAACAAAAAAAUAACAAGAAGAAUUAGAAAAUUAUAAAGCUUAACCGUUUAACUAAAUAUUAUAACUUUAACUUCAAUAAGAAUUAUAAAUAGUAAAAGAUUAAGCAAAAAAAUAUAAAUAAGAACUAGAAAAUGAGAAAGCUUAAGCUUUAAGCUAAUUUAAAUAGUUUUAAUAAGAAUUACAAAAGGUAAAAGAAUAAUCAAAAUAAUAAUCAGAAAAAUUAGAAAAUGAAAAAAUUUAAGCAUUAAACUAAAUAAAAUAACUUUAAUAAGAAUUAUAAAAUGAGAAAAAUAAAUUAUUGUUCUAAGAAUAAAAACUUCAAUAAAAAUUGCAUAGAAAAGAUUAUGCUUAAAACUUUUUAAAAGAAUAGAAUUAAUAAUUUAACAAUCAUUAACUUCAUAAAAUUAAUGAAUAAAUGUUAAAAUAAUUAAAUUAAGUAAAUAUUCAGUUGAAGUAAAAUGACAAUUUAUUAUCAAUAAAUGAAGAACAAUAACUUUCAUGGGUAAAUUAUAAGUAUUUUUUAGAUUGAUUCUUAAUUACCUGAAAUUUAACGUUAUUAAAAUCUAUCUAGUAAUGGUUUUGCAAUCAUUUAAUUAUUUAUUAAUUCAAUGUAUAAAAUUUAUAUAUUAUUAUAUAGAUUUAAUGACUCAUAAUCAUAUUUUGGAUUAUGUGAUUAAAAUAUUGACAACUCUGAAAUACAAAAUAUUAAUUUCUAAUUAAAUUAUUUACCAAAAGGUGUAUAUUUUUUCAUUUCUAUGUAAGGAAAUUUACUCAUUCAAGAUCCAAAUAUAAAAAAAAAAUUAAAAAUUGGAGGAUUUGAAAAUGGAAAUCAUGCUUUAUUUACUUUCGAUUCACCUAAUAAUCGUUUAACUAUAUUAAAAAAUAACACCUAUAGUGAGUAAUUCAAAUUUAGGCUUCCUAAGAAUAAUAAAACUGUUAUUCCAUUUAUUCUAUAAGCCUAUGGAGAAGACUUAACACUAAUUAUUCAAUGA